AAAUUGGAAGCCAAGGACGGUUAUCAUCCCGUUUUACUUAAUACAGCAACUGAACUAGCAGAGAAGCAAAAGAAGGAGGAGGACCUCUCGUGCCUGCCCUGUCUGGGCCUCCUCGACAUUCCUGCGAAAUGCAGACCCGAGCCCUACACAGAAGCACUGGUCCUCGAUAGACCGAUGCAGCUAAACGAGGCACCCACCAACGGUCUGGUCUAUGUGCACGCUUUGGCCGAUCUUCGUGGCCUUCCGGCAGACCUACUUUUUUAUGUGCCUAUCUUCGCCGAUCUUUUCACGAGGUGA